AUGUCGUCGCUGUGUACGUUCAACGGGUGCAGCGUCCCGGCCAUGCCCGCCUCGUCCAAGUGCACCACGCACAAGCACCGCCAGCAGUGUAGCGUCGACGCGUGCACGAACCAAGUGUACGCUCGCCACUUGUGCGUACGCCACGGAGGCAAGCGCCUGUGCUCGUAUGCCGGGUGCACGAGCAACGCUCGAAAUGGCUCUCGAUGCUGCAAGCACGGUGCGGCCUCCAUCAAACAAACGUGCUGUGUGGACGGAUGCACCAAGAUUGCGCACGCCCGACGACUCUGUGUGUCCCAUGGAGGUGGCCGACGGUGCAUCGUUGACGGGUGCCAAACCCACGCCAGACGGCGAGGGUUCUGCAUGCGCCAUGCUCCACAUGCAGUCUCCCCCACGCCCUCCCGGCCAAAGGAUUUCGAUCCAUUCGAUCCAGUCCAUCACGUCAAACCGACGGAAAUCGAAAUUGCCGCCGCCUGCGAUGCGUUCAUGGAAGAGUUUGACCUGGCCCUACUCGACGGGUGUGCCUUCGACUUGGACGCGUACCUCAUGCUGGACACGGUCUCGCCUGCCACGUUUCCGUAG